AUGCACCACCUAGACCCCCAUGAACGCCCUCCAGACAGCAUACGCAACGUCUACAAAAAGUACCAGAAAAUGAAAGCAAAAGACAUAGACCUAGAUGGCGACAUCAUCGAUCUCUCCAGCGACGCCGCCGCGUCAUCAAACCCCAAAGUGCGCGUAGUAAAGGAAUACACCGCAGAAGACCUGACCGCCAUUUUCCGUUCUUUCGCCGGUGACGGUGAAGACGGGGGAAAACUGCAAGCCACAGAUCUGGCAAGAUCGGAACGUCCCGUGUUUUGA